AUGCCUCCCAAGAAGAAGAAGAAGAAGACACUCCUUCGUCGUGAACCUCGGAUGACAAUGCCCUUCGCUGUAUCUAAGAGAAAGCAGAACGAAUCUUUCGAAGUCUCUCCACCCAAGCGAGCCAAGAACAACUAUAUCAUCAUCUCGGAUAGCGACGACUCAUCCUCAGCAGAGACCGAUGACGACGACAAUGAAGAUUAUCAUAUCGAGAAAGCUAAGAGCAGUACUACUGCCACUCAGGCCGAUGACAAUGAUUCCGAUUCCGAUACAGGUUCAUGUAUCAUAGUUGACUCGCGACCCAUUGCGGGAAAAGAAGAAGUUGUUACUCAAGGCCGCAAGCUGGAUGAUUUGUUUAAGAAAAUCCCAAUUGAGGUACACCAGAAUAUCGCCAUGUUCUUACCCUCCGAUACAGAUAUUACACGAUAUUCGCGAGUCGGUAAAAGUACGUACAGCGCUAUCUCGGACAGUGUCUGGCGUUAUCGAUUCUUAGAGAAGUUCGAUGCCCCAUUAGAUGCAUCUGUGGCUCUUCUGCGAGAGAAAUACCAGUUCCGAAGGCGUACCACAAGAUUCUUCACAAGAUUCGACUUGAAGGAUUACAAGUUCUUUGGCAAAGUCGGCAUCAGAGGAGUACAAGAAGCGCAAAAGAAUUGUCUUGAUAUGCUCCAGAACCUUAUCAUCGAGUCCGAUGCUCACAAAGACCGUGAUGAUAAUGGCGACGAGGUGAUUGUAAGUCGCAAUCUCGAUUAUAUUCGGAAUUAUGUUUCCUUUGUACCUGGCACAGAUCAAACUGGGAACUUGAUUGAUAUCAUUGAUUCCAUUUGCAAGACCGAUAAUGAUUGGAAUUUGUAUACCGUUUGCUCCGUCAACUGUCCUUCGGAUUCGAAUACGCUCUUGUUGUUGAUUCAACUAUGUUUGACUUCGAUAUCUUGGGAUCCAAGAUAUUGCAAAAAUACAAUAUCCCAUUUCGACCUGUCUCAAUUUGAGGUUUAUGCGUCCCCAGCCAAGCAACCCCUGUUCGUUGGGAAAUGGAAGAACGACCUUAACGUGCGCUGGUGUUUGCAUGCGGCAAACUUCUUCAAAUUUCACUUGAAAGCUGGAAAAGGCGAAGGACUUCUCGCCCAUGCCUAUUCCGAUCUACCCGGAAGUCAAUUGCCCCAGCCAUGGUUGGGUCGACUGAAGUCAGGAACUCAACAAUUGGGAAGUCAUUGGAAAGGAGCCUAUUGUUUUCUUCAUCCUGAUGGAUUGGCAAGAAUGAGAGAAGCUGGAGAUGAUACAGAUAGCGGCCCUUACUCGGACGAACUAGAUGGUGGGGAAUCAUUUCAGGACAUCUCUCUAUUUUUUGACGACCAGAAAUUUGGAAAGCAACAUUGGGUCAAAUCAUGGGAAAAGAUUCUUCAAAGUGAUCCCUUUUCUAAUGCUGUUCCUGAGUCGACUCAUGGCCAUGGUUCGAGACGCAUCACACGAUCAAGAAUAGACUGCAAGAAGUCUAAAGAGAUCCCAAACCCUGGUGUGAAGUACUUUCACGGUUCUUCGCGCGACUCUUCUACAACUGCCCAUUUCUAUGGAGCCGUACAUGGAAUCCCACUACAGCAUGGAAUCCCUGGCUUUCAAAGAAUUACCAUCAUGAAGUUUUUCCCAGAUGAAAAUGGGAACUUUGAUCGAGGACAGUCCUGGGGCUACGAAGGUUGUGUUUUGCCUGGUGGACGCAUCAUUAUUGGUCGAUGGUUCGAUGCACGAUCUGAUUCUGAUAUGGAUGAUGUUAUGUCGGGACCAUUUGUUUUCUGGAAUGUGGAUGAGAGUGAAGCGGUGGAGCCUAUUGAUGGCAAGGAAGCGCUAGAGUUCUUCGAGCUCAUGAAGCUCCACGGCCAUGUUUAG